AUGUUGUUGAAAGUGCCUGGAGAAAUUAAGAGCCUGGUCUGGAAUCUUCAAGAGCAUAACGUGAUUCACGCAACCUGUGAUCCUCCAAAUGAUUUCAAUGGACCUAGGAAGGAUUACAUCGCACGUCUUUAUAGUGGUGGUGAUGUCCUGAUUAAGACUCCGAACCAAACCGAAUGCAAGUUUGAUUUCAAAGAUUUAAGCUACUCAACCAAAUACAAACUGCAGGUGACUGCUUCCAAUGGACAAAACGAGGGCAAAACCAAAGGAGAAGAUGUCUCCACUUCCUAUAAUGACAAAGCUGUCAUUGGGUUUUUGGUCUUCCUCAUCAUCCUCACUUCUGUGGCCCUGCUUCUGGUCGUCUACAAGAUUUACGUUCUGAGGCGCAGACAGUCCCACAAUCUGGGUGAAAGCAUGAUGCUUAUUACUACAGCAAACGACGAGGAGAAUCUGCUGGCAGUGGAGCCGAUCGCAGCAGAGGUCCUGCUGGAAACCUACAAGAGGAAGCUUGCUGAUGAGGGAAGACUCUUCCUGGCUGAGUUUCAGAGCAUGCCCAGAAUCUUCACGCGGUACACCGUGAAAGAGGCCAAAAAGGCGUGCAACGCCCCCAAGAAUCGCUACGUGGACAUCCUGCCAUAUGAUUAUAACCGUGUUCAGCUGACCACUGGAAAUGGGGAGACAGGCUGUGACUACAUCAAUGCCAGCUUCAUCGAUGGGUACAAGGAAUCCAAAAAAUACAUCGCAGCACAAGGGCCAAAGGAAGAGACUGUCAGUGACUUUUGGAGGAUGGUGUGGGAGCAGCAGUCCUCUAUCAUCGUUAUGGUAACGCGUUGUGAAGAAGGAAACCGGGUCAAAUGUGCGCAGUACUGGCCGUCUCGAGACCGCGAGGCAGAGAUCUUUGAGGAGUUUAUUGUGAAGCUGAACUCAGAGGACCACUGCCCAGAUUACACCAUCCGCCAUCUCAGCCUUACUAAUAAGAGGGAGAAGAACUCAGAGAGGGAAGUGACUCACAUCCAGUUCAUGAGCUGGCCGGACCACGGCGUCCCCGGAGAGCCACAUCUGCUCCUGAAACUGAGGCGGCGCGUCAAUGCGUUCAAGAAUUUCUUCAGCGGCCCCAUCGUUGUUCACUGCAGCGCGGGGGUCGGCAGGACAGGCACAUACAUUGGCAUUGAUGCCAUGAUGGAGUGUCUGGAGGCGGAGGGCAGAGUCGACAUCUACGGUUACGUGGUCAGACUCCGCAGACAGAGAUGUCUAAUGGUUCAAGUAGAGGCCCAGUACAUCUUGAUACACCAGGCGCUGCUGGAGCACAAUCAGUUUGGAGAGACUGAGACCACUGUGUCCGAGCUCCACAGCACCCUGAGCACGCUCAAACAGAAAAACUCCAGCAGUGAACCCACCUUAUUGGACGAUGAGUUUGAGAGACUCCCCAUCUAUAAAAACUGGAGGACAUUCAACAAGGGGCUCACAGAAGAGAACAAGAAGAAGAAUCGCUUUACUUCUGUCAUCCCAUAUGACUACAACCGAGUGUUGCUGAAAUUAGAUGAAGGACGCAGUCGUGACAGUGACCCUGAUGAUGAGGAAGAGGAAGAAUCAUCAGAUGAGGAGGAAGAGGAUUCAUCUAUGUACAUCAAUGCCUCCCACAUAGAUGGGUACUGGGGCCCACAAAACUUCAUCGUAGCGCAGACCCCCCUGCCGGACACCGUGGCUGACUUCUGGUUGAUGGUUUACCAAAAGAAAACAUCUGCAAUCGUCAUGCUCUCAGAGAGCAGUGAGGAGUCUAACUCUAUCUACUGGGACAAAGAUAAGAAAACGUUUGGGGACUUCGAGGUGGAAGUGGAAAGCACAGACACCUCCCCAACUUUCAUCACCCGCAACAUGCUGCUCCGUCACGUCAAGAGGAAAGAGACUCGGUCGGUGAAACAGUUCCAGUUCCUGACGUGGUCCAACAACGAGCUGCCGGAGAAAGCUCAGGAGCUCACGGACAUGAUCAAGGGCAUCAAGCAGAGCUGUGGAGGAGUAAAAUCACAGAGGAACUCACCCGUUGUGGUCCACUGCAAUAAUGGCUCGUCCCGGUCAGGGAUCUUCUGUGCUCUGUGGAACCUGCUGGACAGCGCUGAGACUGAGAAGUUGAUGGAUGUUUUCCAGGUGGCCAAAACCCUGCGCAAGGAGAGACAAGGCAUGCUGUCCAACCUGGAGCAGUACCAGUUCUUGUAUGAGGCCCUGGAGGGGGUCUUCCCUGUGCAGAACGGGGAACUGAAAGCAGUCCAGGCCUCUUCAGUCGACUCCGUCCAGGUUGUGAAUGAAACCAAAGCAGCAGAGAAGCCAGAAGGGGAGAAGGCUGCCAGCACUAUCAGCAAUGACCAGCAGGGGGCAGCAGAGAGUUCUCCACUUGUGGCUGAUGGUGGGAAGGAAGACAAAAAAGAGGAGCCUGAAGAGGUUUCCAGUGUCCCCAUAGAGACCACCCCUCUGCAGGACACCAGCAACGGAGCCACGGUUACUGUGGAUACUGUGGAGGUCUGAGGCGUCGCAGGUGGAUGCUGUGACUUUUACUUUUAGGAAAUAAGUGCUUCAUCUGAAUGCUUUCUUUUAAUUAUGUUAUGAAUGUAUAAACAUUGUAAAGCUUUUACAAAGAUAUGUUUUUGUUAAGAUUUGUUACAGAAUUUGAUCAAAUAUUUUAUUGUCAAUUUGCUAAAAAUAUGAUUUAAAUUAAGUUAUAAAUAUUUUCUUAAAAAAGCUGUAAGAAUGCAAAUAAUAGGUACUGUGAGUGGAAAUGCUGUUGUCAAACUAGGGGCCUUGGUAAUACUAGAUGCCUUAAGUUUUUGCUUUAUAAUCCUCUUUAAAAGUGCAUGGUGCGUUUAUUAACUUUAAUAUAAUACUUUAUUCAAUUGACAUUCAUUUUCAAACCACCAUGCACUUUUUUUCCCCUCAACAAAAACAAUUGCUUGAGUCUGCAUUUAUAUAUAUAUGGCAUGUUUGAAUAAUUGAGUUGUUCAUUUAAAAAUGUUUUAUGUGACAUUGUGUCAUUUCAUUAAAGGAGACUUUAAGAAAAAGA